AUGACUCUUGAAUUCCACCUGGAAAAGAUCAAAUACUUCAGAGGAGAAAUUCAGCCUAUUGUGUCCCCAAUGAGCUUCACCUGGACAAGGGAUGUGUUCCAAUUUGGGGAAGAAUUGCAGUUUUUCAGAAGCUUGCUGCCUUGGUACAUCGACAAAUUCAGGGACAUGUUCACCCACAUCCGCCAGGGCAAACUUCCACAAGCAAUUUCAGCCGCUGAAGAAGGCCUGCGAUUAGCAGAGAAUGAUGUUCAUGUCCUCGUGGCUGCCAAUUUUCGUCAAAUCUGCAGUCGACUGGGCGAUCUCGACUGCUGA